AUGGCCCGGCCGGCGACGCUGGCUGCUGCCCUGGCGCUGAGCCUGCUGCUGGCACCCGCCGGCCGCGCCUGGUACAAGCCGGCGGCCGGGCCCAGCGCCCACUCGGUGGGCCGCGCCGCGGGGCUGCUGUCCGGCUUCCGAGGGUCCCCGUACGCGCGGCGCUCCGAGCCCCCCGUGGGCGCAGGGCCCUCCGGCCGGACUGGCACCACCCCGGAGGAUCGCCCCAGCCUGCGGAGCCCUACCGUUUGCGUCAAGGACGUCGCCCCGAACCUGCGGAGCUGCGAGCGGCUCCCCGACGGCCGCGCCACCUUCCAGUGCAAGGCGGACGUCUUCCUGUCGCUCCGCGCCGCCCACUGUCGCGGCGCUUGA